GCUGGUAAAGUUUAAAAAACAACGCCAUUCGAAGUUGAACGUUCGGUGGAGGUGUUGAGCUGUAACAUCUGCAAACUCCAAAAGACUUUUGAAAAAGUGCUUGGUUAUUUAGAGUGCGUGAUCGUUCAUUUUUGUAGAACCGAACGGUUUCUUGAAGUCACUUCGACCACGCGGUUCGUUAGGCGAGAGAAAGCCGCGUUGCACGUAACUAUUUAGUCGGUUGCGGUGUACCAAGAUAAUUCAUAGUGCAUAACCUCAAAUUCAGUUUCGAAACUUGUUUCGCGAAACGAUUCGAUAGCGUGGGAAGAUUUUGCGAAACAUAUUCGUCCUCGACGUUUCAAUUUCUAACGGAAGGGAAAGGAGGGAGCGGCUACAGCUGCGGCUGCGGCUGCAGCUGCACCAGCAGGCUAAUCCUGUAUAAACGUACACGGCUUUGGAACGAUUUCAGCACUCAGGAAUAGCGUUUUCACAGAUUAGAGAAGAAAGUAGGGAAAACAGUUCAGAGAGAAAAAGAGAAUGAGUUCACAGCAGAGUCCCGCUGCACUCCAGCCAACGGUGGACCGUGAGAAGGUAUAUACAUGGAUCACGGAAUUAUCGAAUCCUGAGACUCGAGAGAAUGCCUUAAUGGAAUUGAGCAAGAAGCGCGAGGUGGUACCAGACCUGGCUCCCAUGUUGUGGCACUCGUUUGGCACAUCAGCCUCCUUGCUCCAAGAAAUCAUUAGCAUCUAUCCAGCCAUUAAUCCAGCCACGCUGACAGCGUACCAAAGUAACCGCGUAUGCAAUGCAUUGGCCUUGUUGCAAUGUGUUGCCAGUCAUCCUGAAACGAGAUCAGCCUUCCUCCAGGCUCAUAUACCUCUUUUCUUGUACCCGUUUCUGCACACCAUAAGCAAGACACGACCAUUCGAAUAUCUCAGGCUGACCAGCCUAGGUGUGAUAGGAGCAUUGGUCAAGACAGAUGAACAAGAAGUAAUCACGUUUCUGCUCACCACUGAAAUUAUUCCUCUCUGUCUGCGAAUCAUGGAAAGCGGUUCAGAGCUGAGCAAAACAGUAGCCACGUUCAUUCUGCAAAAGAUUCUUCUGGACGACAGCGGUCUGUCGUACAUCUGUCAAACCUACGACCGAUUUAGUCAUGUCGCAAUGAUUCUGGGGAAAAUGGUGCUGUCCUUGGCCAAGGAUCCGUCCGCGAGGCUACUGAAACACGUGGUCAGAUGUUAUCUAAGACUAUCAGACAACGCGAGGGCGUUAUUGGCGCUCAGACAAUGUUUGCCGGACCAGCUAAGGGACAACAACACCUUCGCGACGUGCCUGCAAGAGGAUGCGUCUACUAAGCACUGGUUGAAUCAGCUCUUGAGGAACCUGGAGAACGGCCCUCAGCUCGUGCCUCCAGCGCAACCCGAUCUCAAACGAUUUGUAUCGUCUCGAUGGUUGCCAUGGCUGUGUGUUCAUUCCCCUCUCCUUCGUACCCUUGGAGUGAUUGUUCGCCGCGUCCAUCCCGAUCUUCUCUAGUUCCGCGUUGUCCUAUGAAACAGUGGAAACUUAGGUGAACUGCGUGAACUGCGCGAGACCCCGGGAAACAAUAAUCCAUCCGCACCUGCUGAUCUACGGCGACCGUUUUGGAUCGUAGGAAACCGCGUAUCACCGGUGUGUACAGUUUCUCGUCGCCAGGCUUACGUUUGUUCAACCCGGUGAGCCAAGAGACGAGCAGUCCGACCAGUAUCGCGGUUAUAAAACCGACCCACGUGUACCAGAGAUACGACAUUCUGUAGAGAAAGAACGGCUGUUCCCUGAAAACGCGAUAAUCUCGGUGAAUCUAGACAAUCACGACGACUACGACGACGACGACGAUGACGACGACCGUCGCCGCGUACCGUUCACACACCUGAUUGCCGUCUCAACGAUCAGCGUCAGAUUGCCGACGCGGUUCUUCAGCAGUUCCGGGCAGCCCUCGAUGGAGAUCGGUUUUAUGGGGAACACGAUUUCCCCGUUGGACACCGCCGCCUGAGUGCCGAACGAGAUCCAAGCGACCAGGUUCAAGCCUACCAUGCCGCCGACCAACGCUCCCUGUUGCGGAUGAACGCGAUCUCGAAACAAUCGGAAACAGGGAGACAGAGAGGGGGAGACGGGGAGAGAGCGUGAAAGCAAGAUAGACGACAGUAAUGUAAUGGAUUACGGAACGAAACGGGAAAACACUUACCGCGGAAUUGGCGCAGGGGAAGAACAUGCCUAGGGUAAACAUUCCGAGCAACGGUCCCGCUGUAAUACCCGACAGGCUCUUGCCGGCCUACGCGAGGAGAUUGAAAUGUCGAAAAUUCGUGAGUCGUCCACCUAGCUUCUCCACGAGGAAAACCAGCGCCAUGCAAACGGUGCCGAUCGCCACCACCGUGGCUUUCAUCGUUCGACUGGCCGCCACGUCCGAGAGGGAAUUUCGCAGGCAAGGUUUUAUCAUGUCCUCGUAUAUCACGCCGGACAUGGAGUUCAGACCGGUGGACAUGGUGCUGGUAGGGGGAUAAAGGAUCGGUAGACGAGAUCGAACGAAGACAUGUGAAACUCACCUCAACGCAGCGCUGAAGACACAAGCGACGAACAGGCCGGGCAAACCUGGGAUAGAAGCGGCCAGGUCCAUUACGAAGAAUGGCAGCAGUUGGUCCGACUUGCCUAUUUGCUACGACGAAACGAAUCGAGUCGGAGAUCGCAUGGAGAGUUGAGAAAUGGCUGAAGAAAGUGCGAGUGAUUAGUUACCUUGGUUAUAACAGGGUCGCAGUCGUAGAACGUCGCGAACACGACCAGGCCCGUGUAGCAGCUCAACGAGACGAUGGUUAUGAUACCGACUGCCAUUAUCGCGAUCGUCCUGAGGAAAGGGGUAGAAUGAAAUAUACUAUCCGGACGCCUAGCCUCGGAUCGCAGAUCGUUCUAUCAACGAGACGUCUGCUUACGCGUUCGCCAUCUUCAGGUUCGGCAUCGCCAAGCAUCGCUGCACCAUCGCCUGGUUCACGGAACAGGUGGCCAACCAGUUCAAGUAGUUGCCGACGACUACCGACCAAAAGGUGUGUCGCAUCGUUGGGUCCAGGUCCAUGCUGGAGGGACCGGGAAGACGAAAUCAGAAGAGCGCGCGGAACGAUAGCUCGCGGAGGCUUUCUUACUUGAAAAAAUCGAUUCUGUCCGUGUCGCGGUUCCUUUCCCAGACGCGAUCGACUCCGCCUACCCGGCUCGUCCCGUAAAUCGCGACGAUGACCACACCUCCGAAUAUAACGAUCGUCUGUAUAGCGUCCGUCCAGACGACAGCUUUGAGGCCGCCCUACGACGAACGGAUCCAUGCGUGUGACAGUUGUUAAUGAUACGAGUAUCCGGCGCGUGUGUCUCCGCCUUCGUCCUUACCAGAGUCGUGUAAAAUAUGCAAACCGCGCAGACCAGAAGGGCGAUCGCGUGGAGAUUAAUACCUGUCACCUGAUUGAACGCUAGCGCGGGAACGUAUAUCACCAGCGGGAUGUAGAGCAGCUACGGGAACAAACUGUCCUUGAAUUCGGAUUCGCGCGCCGAGCCGCUGGAUCGCUACCGCUCUCGCCGCUACUCACUCACCAUUUUUAUCAAAAAUAUCACGGAGCCCAUCAGGCGGACGGCCUCGUUGAACCUCAGCUUCAGGUACUGGAACACCGAUCGUCAACGUCUAGAAGCCUGUACGCGUCGCGACGCGCGUCGCCGGGUGCAUGCAUCGAUACCUCGUAAGAAGAAGUGAUCCCCAGGUCAUAGAACACUGGCAGAUACACGUAGGCCAUCGUCAGCGAGACGAACGAGUCGGCGAACACCACGCACCAGAAUUGCGUCCCGUAGACGUACAUCUCGGCCGGCAGGCCGAGGAUCGAUAUUCCCGAUAUGUAACUGAAAAUCGUCCGCAACGUUUAAACGCCCAGGCCCGCCGAACCGUCAAUUUUGUACCCUAACUGUCCGCCUUCGAACCUCCAACAUCCACGACCUAACAUCAAUCCUCCAACGAGCAAUAGAAUAAACUACAAUAACUGCACAUAAACCCAGUGUCAAAACCGAGUGAAGCCCGACCAGACCGAAGGUGGAGAGAAGCGAAGUUCGCCAGGCACUCGCGUGCGUAGUCGUCAUUAAGAUAUAGCAAGGUCGCUAAUUAAACUUGCAAGCCAGACCCUAGACUCCAGAAUCGGCAGCAAUUGAUGCCUCCGAACCUUGGGCCUCAUCAAAGGUGCUGACCUCAGUUCCGGGUCCUAAGUAGCUCACAAUUCCAUCAACUCGCCCGUUCCCUCGCUGGAACGUGUCCGCUCUAACAGCUGAACCGAUCCUCCUCGCUAUAUCUCGGUAACGACUGCGCGUUCGUUUAACGCGUCUCCUACCUGGCUAUCAGGGACAUGCUUAUAGGGAAGAUGGACAUGUUCCGUCCACCCACCAAAUACUCCCGGACCGCGUCGGUACUCUUUCUCGACUUGUACGCGUGGUAGACCCCGACGCCAGCGGAUACUCCCAGCAUUCCCGCGAACACCGCGGAAUCUACGAGAUCGAACGUCCGUUGCGUAUCUUCGUCGGCCAUAUCUUCCGUCCAACUAUCUCUCUCUCUCUGCUUCAAGGUACCAAAAAACGCGAACGUCCGCUUCGAAUCCCAGGUAAAACUGUCGUAGCCGGAGCGCGACGCGGACUUGCUCGGAAACAAUACGGUUCUGAUGCGAGCCGCGGAACCGUAUACGAGCCGGACGAUUGAACGAACCUCGCUCGGGGAGACGAUUGAAUAAUUGGAGAUUCCGUAGUUAUCGUUCCCACUCUGCUUCCUCCAUUACCUUCGUCGAGCGUCUCUCCGCUUCCUCUCGCGUAUCCUCGACAUUCGCGUCCGCCGCGAUCGAGAC